AUGGUUAAAGGACACGGUAAACAUCAAUCAAAGAGAUUUGCUGGUAAAAAGGAGAAAGCACCAAAAAUAUCAAAAUACAUUACAAGAACACAAGCCAUUAAACGAUUGAAUUGCACAAUGGAACAGUUCAGAAAGAUUUGUAUUUUAAAGGGAGUAUCACCAAGAUUACCUAGUAAAGGACUAAAUACAUUAACACAAAAGAAAACGUAUUACCACAUUGAUGAUAUUAAGCCAUUAGUUAAUGAUAAAGUAACACUUAAAAUUAAACAAAUUCGUGCAUUUAAAAAACAUAUUAGAAAAUUAACAGCUCGAAAAGAAUUUAAAACUAAAGAACAAUUACUUAAAACUAAACCAGUUAUUGAUUUAGCAUCAACUAUUCAAGAACGAUAUCCAACAUUCCAAGAUGCAUUAAAUGAACUUGGAGAUUGUUUGUCAAUGGUAUUUAUGUUUGCAUCAUAUAGAGUUUCAAAAGGAGAAAAAGCUGAAGCA